UCUUCACCUUUGGCUGCUGGUGGUGAGUGCUAAAUAUUCAUUGGCGAGGAGGAUGGAUGCGCGGCGUCGAGUGUCGCGUGGGGACGAACGGUCCCUGUUCGCCUGUGAACGCCAUGGGUCUGCAGCAUUGAGUGCUGCACAGGGGGCCCUUUCUAUUAAUUAGGCCUUGAUUAGGAUGGCAGACCGAGUUGUAAAGGUGGCGGCGUUCCCCGGUCUCGGAGAGCCCCGGAGGUUAGACUUCCUCAACUGGCCAGAGAGGAAAUUGCCUCUUUUCUGUGCCCUGUGUGUGUAAGAAGAAGAGCAGGUAUGUGUGCUGGUGAUGCAACCCUCACUGUGUGUGUGUGAGAGAGCGAGCGAGCGAGCGAGCAAGUAGGCACGCGAUUGCCCUUUGCAGUGUCUUGUUCUCAAGUGCCUUUCGGGACCCCUUGGGGACACAUCGUGCCUCUUAUAGUCCUAAUCAUGAAGAUCAGCUGCUGCAGGCACAGAAGUACCUGUUGUGUGAUUGAUUUGAGUUCUGGCAGCUCGCUCAGCAGCUACGUCUCUAUGCUUGUUGCCCAAGAGAAUCCAUGUAUGUGUCUCUGUGUGUGUGUGUCUGGUUCUGCGUCUGCCUGUACAUGCUGCUUUUGUGCACCCAUGACCUGUGUGUGUGUGUGUGUGUGUGUGUGUGUGUGAGACAUUAGAGCAUAGUCAAGCUUUUACUGCGAAAAGAAUUGUUAGGUCAUUUCUGAAUCAAUAUUCUUCUUUCUUCAGGGACAUGCGACUCGCGCUUGAGACAAAGGAUUGUCACAUCGAGACGUUGUUUAUAGAUGAGCGGCAGGACAGUUUGUCCCUGAUAAAUGUCCUCAAAGGGCUCCCCAUUUACUACCAUUUACCUGCCUACCCCUGGAGUCACACUCUCAUCCAUCUGCCCUAGAAUUCUAGAAUUCCGUGGUCCAGUUCUGUCUCGGGGUUUCAGCCAAUAAUUACAGCACUUCGGGUGCUAGGGAUCAAUCAAGGGAGCUGCUGAUAAUAAAUAUUCAAGGAAAAUCUCGCUUCCUGCUUCUACACCAGCGUCAUACAGUCUAGUGACACUUCGUAGUCGUUGCAUACUCGUCAUAUUUAAGUGUCUGAGGUGGGUGGUGUGUAUGAGACAGUGUUUUUAUGCUUGCCUGGGGCUCUGUGUGUGUGUUUGUGUGAGAUUGCAUAUAGAUGGCAGCGAGAGCAUAAUAUUCGGUCAAUGCAAGGACAGAUUGUGUGAAGUUUUUAACCAUUUCUCUUUCCCUCUCCUCUUCUCUGAUUGGGAACUACGAAAGACGGAGAGGAUAGCUCAGGAUCGAGAGAAGUUUGCAGAUGAAGACAGUAUCUUCUACACACUUGGCGAGUGUGGCCUCAUCUCCUUCUCAGACUACAUAUUCCUCACCACAGUUCUCUCCACUCCCCAGAGAAACUUUGAGAUUGCCUUCAAGAUGUUUGACCUGAAUGGAGAUGGAGAGGUGGACAUGGAGGAGUUUGAGCAGGUCCAGAGUAUAAUCCGUUCGCAAACCAGCAUGGGCAUGCGCCACCGCGACCGUUCCACCACGGGCAACACGCUGAAGACGGGCGGCUGCAGCUCCGCCCUCACCACCUACUUCUUCGGGGAGGAUCUCAAAGGGAAGCUCACCAUCGGCAGCUUCCUGGACUUCCAAAGAAAGCUGCAGCACGACGUUCUGAAGCUGGAGUUUGAGAGGAACGACCCAGUGGACGGGCGCAUCAUGGAGCGGCAGUUUGGCGGCAUGUUGCUGGCGUACAGCGGGGUUCAGUCCCGGAAGCUCAAGCAGAUGCAGAAAGGCCUGAAAAAGAUGUUCAAGGAUUCGCAGGGGAUCACCUUUGAGGAGCUGGAGAAUUUCUUCACAUUCCUGAAGAACGUGAAUGACGUGGACACGGCGCUGAGCUUCUACCACAUGGCGGGCGCGUCGAUAGACAAAGCCACCAUGAAGCAGGUUGCCCGCACGGUGGCCAAGGUGGAGCUGUCGGACCACGUGUGUGACGUCGUGUUUGCGCUCUUUGACUGCGACGGUAACGGAGAACUGAGCAACAAGGAGUUCAUCGCAAUCAUGAAGCAGCGGCUGAUGCGAGGUCUGGAGAAGCCCAAAGACAUGGGCUUCACGCGCUUGGUGCGGGCCAUGUGGAAGUGCGCUCAGGAAACAGCCUGGGACUUCACGAGCUCCAAGCCCCAGUAACCAGGGCUCUGAGAGUGCCCGCUACCUGAGAAAUGUUGACACACCAAAGGCGUGAUAGAAAAUGGAACAUUAUAAAUCCUUUUUUUUUUUUUAUUAUUUUACUUAUGUUUCGGGGGAUAUGUUGCAUGUCACAUGGCUUCCUGGGAUUCCGGCGAGAGUGAAGAAGAUUCAGAUAACGUAAGGUGCACAGAACGCGACGGGGUUUCUACAGCACUGCGCUCGCUGCUCAAGACAAACCGCAAACGCUGGCUGCAGCCCAAGUUCUCGUGGCGCUGCGGAGGCCGUAAAGCCUUUGCGGAUCCUGCUCCGUAUGCACUGCGUUACGCUGCUCUAAUGCUUCACGCUGAGCUGUAUUUCAGGAACAUGUCGCUUUAAAUGGAGGCAUCUGUAAAAAUGAGUGUUAAUGUUUUCUAUGAUUCAAGAAUGUCUGCUUUACCCUGAAAUAUUCCCACCUUGGAUUACUGACCGUGUGUUUGUCUAGAUUUUUUUUUUUCUUUUGUAACCAUGAUACAGGUGGUCCUCAAUUUGUGGCAGUCAUCAAUGUAUGAUGUAUAAAGAAUGAUCAUGCAUGAAUGCUGCCUUGUAUAAUAGGGGUUUGUUAUAUUUUUCACAAGGUUUACAUUAUUCAUGUUAAAAUUAUACUAAUACAGGAUAAUGAGAAAGUA